AGAGAGAGAGAGAGACGAGCGGGAAGAAAGGAGGAGCAGUUCCAUUACAAGUCUAAUCCUGUCUCGUGCGCUGCUCCUUUCACUUCACUGCUCAGUUGGUAAGGUGAGAGCACAGAGGCUCACAUCUGCCUGCUGAAAACUCCCAGGGUUCUUCCAAAAACAAACAGCCCUCCAGACAUAUGGAUUCCUGACAGAACUGAUUUAAGCAAGAGGUGAAGAAUAAAGUUGCACUCCCACCGCAGAGCUGACUAAACCUCAACACUUUUUGGAUUAGUUAUCAUUUUCAUAGUGGAAUCAUGAACUCCCGAAGGACUAGAUGGUGACAAGAGAAUUCUAAUAAAGGGAUUUUUACAGGAGCAAUGGAAGCAUCGCAUGUUGUUUCUGUAGAUGCAGGUCCAACAGUGAUCACGAAGACCUCCGCUACAACAUACCUGAUCAGAAUGUUCAAGGAGUACCAAAGCAAUGCGGUCAUUGUAGACCACUACAACUACACAGGAAAGCUGAAUGGGAACAGGUACACGGAAGGCAUGAAACCUGUAAAUAUUGCCUUCCUUAUUAUCUGUCUGCUAAUUGUGCUGGAGAAUGCAGUGGUUCUUGUUGCGAUUUGGAAGAAUAAAAAGUUCCACCUGCCCAUGUACUACCUUCUGGGCAACCUGACUUUCUCUGACUUGUUGGCAGGAUUUACCUACAUGGUGAAUAUCAUAACAUCAGGGGCCAACACGCUCAAAAUGACACCUGUCCAGUGGUUCAUUAGAGAAGGUGGAGUUUUCAUCACAUUAGCUGCUUCCAUCAUUAGCCUCCUGGCCAUUGCUAUCGAACGGCAUGUUACUAUGGUGCGGAUGAAGCCAUACCAGGGGGCCAAGCGUGGGCGCAUGUUUGCACUGAUUGGCAUAAGUUGGGUGCUCUCAAUCAUUCUGGGUCUGCUACCCAUUAUGGGCUGGAACUGCAUGGGCAUCCUGAACCAGUGCUCAACCGUCCUGCCACUGUACUCCAAGAGCUUCAUUCUCUUCUGCAUUACGGUCUUCUCUGUUGUAUUACUGGCUAUUGUGGUCCUCUACGUCCGCAUCUUCCGUGUUGUAAAGUCCAACACACAGCGGCUGGCUGGUGCGCCACAACGUAAAGGUAUCGCAAAGAAGUCCCAGAAAUACAUGGCCCUGUUGAAGACAGUCACCAUAGUGCUGGGUGUUUUUAUCGCCUGCUGGCUUCCACUCUUUCUUCUCCUUGUGUUGGACUUUUUUUGUGCAGCCCGAAGCUGUCCAGUACUCUUUAAGGCAGAGUACUUUCUGGGACUUGCUAUGAUUAACUCAUUACUUAAUCCCAUAAUCUACACAUUAACCAGUAAGGACAUGCGUAAGGCCAUACUGAGACUGCUCUGCAGCUACUGCUUGAUCGCAAAAGAUGGACAGGUGAGGAAGUUCGGAAUAACAUUCCUGGACGGCAGCACGAGCAAACCAGAGAUGCCAUCACACAGGCUAGAGGGCCUGGAGACGGUCUCCACCGGGAAUUUUACACCAUCUACUAUCAAAGCUAUUUUUCCCAAAAUAACAAAGAGUGUAGUUUUGGGACAAUAAUGUUCAGGCUGACUUUUACUGUGGUCUGGUAUAAUGAAGGGAAUCUUGAGAGAAUGAGCCAGUUGUUCAGAGUGUACCGAAAAGAGCUUCCUUAUUAAAGAAAUGAUUACAUAGCUGUAAUAAUUUUAUAUCAAGGAAAGCAUCAGAGACAGACUGCUUCAGAAAGCAUUACAACUUUCAUUAUGGGCCUAACCAACAUUUGAGAACUUUCUUGUUUACUAAUUUACUGUGAGAUGAUCAAGCUGAAAUUGCGGAUUUAAAAAAGCUGUGUUCUCUUUAAAUCCAAUAUGGUGAGAAGCAACAUGCACUUAAGAGCAAACAAAAUGCAAGUAUGACAUUUUGGUAGAUAGUACCAUAACUAGGAUUGUGUCUAUGAUGUUACAUGUUACAUGAGAUUUGUCAGUGUGCACCUACCAUAUGGUCUAAGAUAUUACGCUUCUGGUAAUAUUUUUCUACACCAUGCAGUGUUCACUGAGAUCUGCUGAACGAGACAUGCAAAAUGAACAUUUCAUUGAUACGUGGACAGAAAGCAAGACAGACUGAAGGUUUGUUGCUAAUAUCCCCCUCAGCCUUCAUUUUAAUGGGAGUGCGCUUAUGGGAAUUAAUGCCAGUUUCAUUAUCUUACCAACAAAUGUGUUCAAUCCUUCCAUUUCUAGAGUACCUCCAAAUCGUACACAAUUAAAACAUUUUUGUAGCAGGUGCAGUGAAAACAAAACAAACUUUAUGGGAUGUCGACAUGUUUUGUAGCUGAUUAUAAAGUGAUUAGUCCAGCGUUAAUGUAACUUUAUGUGCAAAUGAGUGUAUGAAAAAAUAUUUAUAUCUUUAUGUCUUGUAGAUAAAAUGAAAGUAGUUUCGAUCAUUUUUUAAAUGGUUUGAACUUUUGCUAAAUUAUGAUACUCAAAUGUAUAUAUGUACAUUUAUAAUAAAGAUGUUUUUAUAUUAUUAUUAUUA